UUUCUUGUGUGUGCGAUAAUGGAAUUGUUUUCAUGAUUUCCGAUAUUUGAUAGACUUUUGUUGAAUAGCAUUAUAUUCCAUAUCUUGGUUGAUUGAAAAACGUGGUAAAUUACGUUUCUGUAGUCAUCCCUAUAAACUUCUACAUAAUAUUACGUGCGUGUCAGUGAAGUUCAUAGCGUCCUGUGCCGCCUAUAAAAUAACUUGAUAUGCAUAAUUUGCUGAAAAUUAUACUAUAUUUGUCAAAUAAGUGCGUAAAUAACUUCAUAUUAGUAAAAAAUAGUGAUAUAAAUAGUCUUUUUUGGAUUUCGGCGGUCUGAUUGACGGACCGUGUGUUGCGUUAGUGUGCUUGUGGUUGUGAAAGCGUACGUGAAAAUAUAAUGGCUAAACUGUCAUGACACUACUGUUUACUAGUGUAGAGUGGACUUGUGUUGGUUUGUUUAUAUUUCGAUGCGGUGAAAAGUAAUAAUUUGCGAAAAUGUGUAUGCCCACGCCAACUAAUGUUUCUGGUUUCGCUUAUUCGUGGGGCUUCACUAGCUCUGCGGAUCUCACAAAGGGUGAAGUCGAAACACCAAGCAGUUUGAGUUAUACUUUAGGGAAUACAGUGUCUCCAGAAACAACACUUACUGUUAUGUCCCAUAAGACACCUCAAGUACAAGAAAAAGUUGGCACAGUUGUUGCAUCAAAUGCUGGAGCUCAACUCACUAGAGUUGUCACAACAGGAACUCCAGGGUCUGGGCGAAGAACGGCUAUGUUUGUACUGAAUGAACCAACACAAACACUAAAUAGGGUUUCUCAGCAAAACCAGACAGCUACUAUCCACAGUGACUGUGCAACUUUAGCAUCCAAACCAUUUUUAACACCAAUUGGACCUAUACAAUUAACUGCAGAAGAAUGCAAUGAAAUCCUAAUGAAAAGAGCCCUACAAGCUCAAGGUAUAGCAACACCUGUAAUAGACACCUCGCAGCUUAGUCAAACAUUAUUGAAUAAUGGUAUAAAAACACUAUCAGAAGUGACAGCACAGCAGACUCAACAAGAAACCAUACAGACAUCUGUUCAUCAGCAAAUCCAGCUGUUACAUACAAAACAAGAACCUGGAACAAAUAAUUCACCAAAAAUGGUGUAUUCACAGACCGAGAUAAUGAACAACACAAUGCAGAUGCAAACUCCAACUCAGCCAAUCAAAGAGCGACCAUACUCCUGUGAUGAAUGUGGAAAAUCAUUUCUCCUGAAACAUCAUCUUACUACCCAUGCAAGAGUUCAUACAGGUGAAAGACCACAUAUUUGUGGGCACUGCGGCAAGGCAUUUGCCAGGAAACACUGUCUCAACACUCACUUAUUACUGCACUCCGCAGAUCGACCUUACAGGUGCCAUGAAUGUAAAAUGGCUUUCACUCUAAAACAUCAUCUUGUUACUCACUCCAGGGUACAUAGUCGUGACCGUCCAUUCCUUUGUGGUGAGUGUGGCCGCCGGUUUCCCUUAAAGCGACAUCUAGUGACGCAUAGCAAGUAUCACGCCGGUGAAAGGCCAUACGUCUGCAAUGACUGUGGAGAGAGCUUUGCCCAGAAGGAACACCUAGUAAUGCAUAGUCGUUUCCACGGCUCGUUGUCGCCAUUCGUGUGCGGGGAGUGCGGAGCGGCAUUUGCAAGAAAAUUUCAGCUUGUUAACCAUGGCAGAGUGCAUGGGAAAGUGCCCCAUGCUUGUCCAGUCUGUGGCAAGGAGUUCCUGCAGAAGAGGACACUCGUAGCACAUUUGAAAAUACACACUGGAGAGGAUGCAGUAGCGUGUUUCGAAUGUGGUGAAGCAUUCAAAACAAAACCAGAACUGCAACAGCAUUGCAAAAUGGCAAGGCACUGCCUCUCUACAACAGCCCAACAACAACAAGUUCAACAACAACAAGUUCAACAGCAGCAGCAAGUUCAACAACAGCAGCAAGUUCAACAACAGCAACAGGUUCAACAACAGCAGCAAGUGCAGCAGCAGCAACAAGUUCAGCAACAGCAAGCACAACAACAAGCCCAACAGCAAGCGCAACAACAGGCACAACAACAAGCACAACAGCAAGCGCAGCAGCAACAGCAGCAGCAACAUCAGCAAACAGUCAUAAAACAAGAUGAUUUUAAGCCUCAAAUAGUACAAGUGAUUGGAGCUGAUGGACAAAUACUAACUGAAAAGGCACCCGGAUACGCCUGCCCUGAGUGUGGUUCAUGUUUCAAUAACAAGGAGGCGCUGUCUUUACAUGUUCGUUUGCAUGCGGGCGAUCGUACGUGUGUCACCGACUUAUGUGCACUAACUGCUGCCUUACAACCCGGAUUAGUUGCACACAAUCAACCAAUACAAAUAAUAUCGUCAAAUCACCCCAGUAAUGUUGUUCACACGCAAGUUAUAGCAACGAAUCACCAUAUAACACCUCCAAGACCGAAAGUACAUUUUUGUGUUGACUGUGGAAAGGGCUUUGCUGCGAAACAUGGAUUGUUGGCGCAUCAUAGGAGGCAUCCAGAAGGUAGUUGCACAUUAAGGUCCCACGCUUGUGAAACUUGCGGAAAAGCUUUCUUCCAAAAAAACCACUUAAUGCUGCACCAGCGACAACAUAUGGAUCUGCCGCCUAGGAAUACCCAAGUACAAGCGCAACAGGUGACCCAAGUGUCGCAACAAGCGCAGCAGCAAGCAGCGCAACAGGCGGCACAACAAGUUGCCCAACAAGUCCAGCAACAAGUCGCGCAACAUGUACAGCAUCAAACAAUGGAGUUGGACGAGCAACCCGCGCAUAUACAAGUGGGGCCUCUGUUUCAGGUAACAAAUAGGUCGGGCCAAGUGAUUGGUAAUCAGAUACUGGUGGGAACUGUGGGAGGUCGGAGACUGCUGCCUUCACAGUUACAUAUUGUAUCAAGAGAUGGAAAGCCCAUACAUCAUAUCACGCCCAAGAGAGAAGGAAAUGAUGUCAAAGAACUUGGAAGCUUAGUUGUAACAGCUGAUAGAGGCACCGGUCUCGUUAAAUACGAAAUUGCACUGCCACAGUCAAACUCAGUAAUGCAAGUACAGCAAAUAGACUGAAAAAACAAUAUAACCCUACCUAGUAGCCCGGUCACAGUGUGAUUAAUGUGUCAAAGUGUGUUAAAGUGUAAAUAUUAACAAAAGUGUAAAACUGGAAAAUGAUUAGUGUAACAGCUGGCCUGAAGAAUGUCUUAAAGGUACUUUAAUUAUUUAUGAAGUCAAAAUGGCUUAUAACCCAUACAUAAACACAUAAAUGGUAGGUUGUGAAUGAAUAGCGUUUUAUGUCGUUUGGAAAGUGUUCAAUUUUAUACAAAUGUCUAAAACAUGAGUUUGCUAAUUAUGUAUUGGAAAUAAUUUUUAAUUUAAAAUAUAACAGCAAGUCCAUUAUAGUCUCUUCCAUGUAAAAAGUAGUUUAAAUGUCCAUAUUGAUUAGAUGUGUGUAGAUGUGUCCUGAAAUAUUGUUCUAAGUAAUAAAAGCACAAGUUUUUUAUUUGAAAACAACCAACAUUACAGUUAAAUUUUAGUAUAUUAAUUUACCAUUUGUUUUACAGAAGCUGAUAACUAUUAUGGCAAUAAUUUUAAUGUAUUAUAUUAAAUGUUCUAAAAUUUAGAGCAUUGUCUGUAAAGUACUUGUCUAAAUUAGUUUAGAAUAGGCAUUGUACAUAUCAAAUCUUUUUAUUGGCUUGUCUUUUAAGAUGUGGUGAACAUUGUAUGCAUUUAAAUUGUAAUGGCCUCUUACUGUAUAAGUACAUAGUUUAUUGUGGCAGUUAGUGCAAUUUGUCUUUAGAUCUGAAAUUUAUGAAAUUAUGUUUCUCUAUAAUAUUAAGUAUCCAAUAAUUACUUAAAUUACUUGAAAUUGCACAUUUUGUGUACAAUAUUACUUAAUUUUUUAAUGAAAUCAAAUUCAGAUCCAAUCGUGACAGCUUUAAAAGUGUGUCUUCUGAAAAUGUAAUGAUGUAUUCAUUAUAUUUUAGCAUUAUGUUAUUUCUUUUUCUUCUUUGCUAAUACUUUGAAGUUGUUGACAUUGGAUAUAUCCAAUUAUCUAGUCUGUGAUGGAGUUUGAAAAAAUAUGUUUUUUGACACUGGCCCAAUUGAAACAAUGGUACUAUUGAAAUAUUUAAUGUACAGUUUUAACAGUUUACAAUAAGUUUAAAUGAAAAUAUAUAUUUUUUAAUACUGCGUGUGCUGUGCUUAGGUUUCAACAACAACUUUAACUUCAGUUAUAAAUUUAAGAAGCCAGUGUCAAAAAUUUGAACAAGUGCUUCCGACUUCAUGUUCAUAAAAUUUAAUUCUAAUAUUUAUGUUACUAUAACAAUAGUAGAAAUGCUAUUUUAAUAACACAAGGUUGUCACUUGCAUUAUUUUUUUAAGUUUAAAAGGAUAAUUUGCCAAGGUUUGUCUAUAAAAUACUUCAAAAUACUGCAAGUCUAUAGAACUCUUGAAUAUGAUUUUAAAAUCUCUGAACACCGUUAUAUUGCUCUAGGCGCGUAAUUUAGUAUGAUCUGUUAGAUCUGCACUGGUUCUAGGUCCUUGACCAGUAGAAGUACAAUUUUUCAUACCAUUGCCGAAACCUUGUCAAGUUAUGUGACAAUAUCAAUAUCAGACAGAACUUUCUUGAACUCUCUAAAAUAGUAGUAACACACUACUCCAAACAGUGUUCAGAUUGCCACAAAAUUACAGAGUAAUUAUAUAGUCAUUUUCUUUUUCCUAAAAUACAGUUACAAUGCAAUUUCUUGGUUUUAUUACAGUAGCAUGCCUAUGUUAUAGUAAAAUAACAGAUUUUGGAUAUUUAUAGUUUUAUUCAGAAUUUAUAACAGUAUUAUAGUUUACAUAAUUUUACUUGAAGAAAAUAUAUGACACAAAUACAUAUAAUCUAAAGUUUUAUUUUAUAUAAGCUGUGAUGUUAUUUGUGCGAUAAAAAUGUUGAAACCUUUAUUAUGUUGUUUGCCAUUUACUUACAUUGUAAAUAUUAUAGGGGUAUAUCUAU